AAGACACCAGAAGUUAAGCCCUGGAUUCCACCAGUGUUCAUACCUGCACACACGUGCACAUCCAUGUACAUGCAUGAUUGUACCAUGCAAAAAAUUAAAAACAAAUAUUAACAUUAAAAUAUUCAUCUGCACCCAUGAAUGAGUGAGCCUAAGUUUUUAAUGCAAUUUUGUAUUUAGUAAAUGAGCCAAGGCAAAUUACGCAUGCAUCUUUACUAGAGGAUUUAAGGUAAAAGAGGAGACUGUGUAGGCUCUGUGCAAAUGUCAGACGCUUCUAUACAAGAGACUUGCUGGACCUCAGUGGAUGGCAGGAAUCCUAGAAGCAAUCUCUUACUAGUACCAAGCAUGUAUUUUCAGGUGUUGGAAUUCCAUGCCUUUUCAAAGGUAACAUCUGACCACAUUUUACUCCUGACUAACUAUCCCAAUCUUGUUUACUAAACAUCGACUUACUAUGCUGUGUUCAGAUGCCACAUUCAUCAUCUGUCAUCACUCUGAGCAAAGGCCAUUCAUUACUCAGCACUGUAUGUGUGUGUCAUGGUUUUAAUUUUUAAAGCUUUCUUCUAGUAUAUGUUAGAGCUCUCACCAUUGUGACGACUCCUGAGAGAAACAAUUCAUGGGAGAAGAGAUUUAUUUUGGCUCAUGGCUUUGGGAGUUUCACACCACCGUCAGCAGUCACCAUUGCUUUUAGGUCUGUGGUAAAGCAGAAACAUUGGGACCAUCGGGCAUGUUGACAUCACAUCACAGCAGCCAGGAAGCACAGAAGAGUGGCAGGAUGGGCCAGCAUAGAGAGAGACCCUGCGCACUCCUGCCUCCCAAUGAGGCCCCUACGCUCCAGUUCCAGUGUCGUUUAUUCAGUAGACUUUAACUCGGCAGUGGCUCACGGCAGUUACGUCGGAGCCCCAGGAUCUGCUCAUCUCUGGGAAAGCCUUCAGAUACUAAGAAGUGUGCUUUACUAGUCUAAGUGUCGUUCUACUGAUAUUUAGCAAUAACUGGUUUUUAAUUAUUUAUUUUACCUAUGAAUACACUGUCGCUGUCUUCAGACACACCAGAGGAGGGCAUCAGAUCCCAUUACAGAUGGUUGUGAGCCACCAUAUGGUUGCUGGGAAUUGAACUCGGGACCUCUGGAAGAGCAGUCAGUGCCCUUAACCACUGAGCCACCUCCCAUCCCUAGCUGGUUUGGUGUUUGUUUGUUUGUUUGUUUGUUUGUUUGUUUUUGGGUUUUUUUGUUUUUUGUUUUUUUUAAUACUUAGACUUUUUUUUGUUUUGACCAGAUUCCACCCUCUCCCCCAUCAGAAGUUCUCUUGGGAUUUGAAUCAGCAUUCUAUCACUAUAAUGGUUAUUAAUAAUUUUCCGUAGUUAAAUGCUCUUCAGUAAUUGUGGAGAACAUAUCCCUGUUCAAUUUCCAUUAUCGGCUUUAGACAUCCUAAACAUUUCUUCCCCAGUCUAUUUUUAGCGUGCUAUUUCAUGCUUUGUGCUGACAAGCAGAAUAUUCUCUCCUAUGGAGGCGUGUGAGUGGCUUCAUGUUUAAACAGAAACACUGUCAUUAUUUUCACAUCGAGUCACCCAAACCUUCUCAUGGUCUCUGGUUCCCUUAUUUGCACUGUGACAGGUUGGAGCCUUUGCGGGGUGCGGCUGUCUUACCUCAGCGCAGCUUCUCUGGGGUCCCAGUACAGAGCACAGUCACCACUUUCCAGCCCUGGCUGGGACCUUAAGCUCUCCCGUGCCGUCUGCCCUUUCCGUCUCUCCACCCCACCUGCUCUUCUUCAGGUCAACCCGAGUAAGAGAGGCAGACAGCAGCCGUAUCACAGGCAGACAGCAGCCGUAUCACAGGCUAGCUGCGAUCUUGUCUUGACAUUUCCUUCACCAGACAGUCUGUUACUUUAGAAUUCAGCCUAGCUCAAGGUCUCAGGAAAGAGGCAAGAGGAAGCCAGUUUCAUUCGGUGCCACAUUAUAACCUCAUGAGUCAGCCUCCAGCAGUCUCCAUUUCUUUCCAACUUCUAGUCUUCCAAACUCCCUCCACAGCAGGUCAGCUAUUCUUACAAUUUUCUAGGGGGUUCCCAGCCUGGAUUUUCAAACUCUUCCACAAUCCUCCCACAAGCAUUCUUUAAAAAAGCCACAGUAGUCAGGUUUAUCAUAAGAACACCACUCUCAGUACCAACUUAGUGACAAGCAUUAGUUACUUGUGUUGUAAAUUAGGCCCUCUGCAGCCUGCCCGGCCACAGCAGUGUAAGUAACUGACCACUGCCAGGUGCUGUGCAUUUCCACCAUGCAAUGUGAGGGCCUUUUAAAAGGUCCUGGCCACCCCAGAUCCCUGUGGGCAUCUUGUUCAGUCAACCAGUCAGUCAGUGUGUGUGUGUGUGUGUGUGUGUGUGUGUGUGUGUGUGUGUGUGUGUGUGUGUGUCUGACUCCCUGUCUGUCCGUCUGUCUCCUUCCCUGCCUGGCUAGUCUCCCUGGCUGGCUGGCUCAUGGCCCCACUCCGAGACACCCUUUCGUUCUCCUCUGUCUCCCAACAGAUAUCUUGUGUUAAGUCUAUUCUGUGGCAUGAUCUCUGAGUGUCACACCUUGGCCCCAAAUGGCCAGGGUAACCUUUUGCCACUUUAUUAUAACAACUUUUGUGUUCGUGUGUACCUGACCUGAUGCAGUUUAGGGAGAAAGUGUGUGUUUGGUGUACAGGUCUAGUGGAUCCAUUUCCAUCACAGCAUGGUAAGCUUGGUAGGAAGGGCAGCAAACACACUAGUCACACCACAUGGUAGUUGGAAAGCAGAGAGUUAACAGAAGGGGCAGGGGCAAUUUAAAACCUCAAGCUCCUCCCCUCCCAACCCCACCCCCUGUAACCCACUUCCUCCAGUAAUCCCCACCUUCCAAAGAAAGUGACACCAUUGGGAAGCGUAUGAACUGACAAUAUGACAGAUCCAAGGUAUGGCUGAGGGGCAGGUUUUUAUUGUAGGCCUGAGCUAGAACACAGCCAGAGGCAUCUCCAGGGCGAAAGAGACGGGAGAGGACUGAACAUGGUCAGAGAGAAGCAGGAAGAAGCUGAAUAGAAAGACAGGACCAAAAGGAGGGCAAGAGGAACCUGGAGAAAGCAUAGCCAAAAUAGUAGGGUUCUAAGGAUAGAUGGGCAGCCUGCAGGAGAGGGCAGUCCUGAGCUGGGAGAAGUGGAUUCAGGGUAGGCCAGAGAGACUGAGAAGAGUCAGCAUAGACUGGGUAACAGGUACUUGUGACACUGAGAGAGCAGGAGGCCACCAUGUGCUUUGAUAUGCUAAUAGGCACCACACAUAGCCUUUGUCCCUUCUGCCAGUGGUGAAGGUCCUUUGACCGAGAGGAACCAGCUUCAGUUUCUGAGGAUUGCUGACUUUUCCUCUACCUGACAGAAUUUGGGGAAGUUUUCUUUAGACCUGACAGGGACCAAAUGUUCAAACUCAUGAGCCAACGAGGAAGAGCUCACACAGUUGGAAUAACAAAGCAUACCCUGUCUGUGACGGGUCUGUGGAACCAUCUGAGAAUACGUCAGAAGGAACAGGUCUAACAGAAGCGUCUGUGUCUGUGAUAGGAGCUUGAACAUCUGGAGGUCGCUUCUCUGGAGCUGGGUGGAGUCUAUCUGGUCCAUGAGAGGCAGGAGCCUGGCAUGACUGUCCUCUGAGAGGUUCCAUCCAGCAGCUGACUCAGACAGCCAUACAGUGGAUGGAGCUUAGGGACUCCUGUCGAAGAGCAGGAUGAAGGAUUGCGGGCCCAGAAGGAGAUAGGAACUCCACAAGAGGACCAACAGAGUCAAUUAACCUGGACCCUUGGGGCUCUCAGAGACUGAACCACCAACCAAAGAACAUUCAUGGGCUGGACCUUGGCCUCCCUGCACAUAUGUAGCAGACGUGCACUUUGGCCUUCAUUUCCCCCUUCUCAGCAGCCUCCACAGUGAAAGGAGCACUGGUUUCCAGACAGGCACACUUGCAACCACGAUGCCUAAGCACUGCUUUCUAGGCCUCCUCAUCAUGCUCUUGACCACUGCCACAGAAACGCAGCCAGCCCAUGUGUCUCUGAAGCCUCAGAAGGUCCAAUUUCAGUCCAGAAAUUUCCACAACAUUUUGCACUGGCAACCAGGGAACUCCCUCACCAGCAACGGCAGCGUCUACUUUGUGCAGUACAAGACGUAUGGACAGGGACAAUGGAAAGAUAAAAAUGACUGCUGGGGGACCACAGCGCUCUUUUGUGACCUGACCAAAGAAACCUUAGACCCAUACGAGCCAUACUAUGGGAGGGUGAUGAUGGCCUGGGCUGGAAGCUACUCUGAAUGGACCAGGACACCCCGCUUCACUCCAUGGUGGGAAACAAAAUUAGAUCCUCCGGUCGUGACUAUAACCCGAGUUAAUGCAUCUUUGAGGGUUCGUCUCCGCCCCCCAGAGUUGCCACAUAGAAACCAAACUGGAAAAAAUACGUCCAUGGAAAAUUACUACAACUUAGUAUACCGAGUUUCCAUAAUCAACAAUUCACUGGAGAAGGAACAAAAAGCCUACGAAGGAACUCAGAGAGCUGUUGAAAUUCAAGGUCUGACACCUCAUUGCAGUUACUGCGUAGUGGCUGAAAUGUACCAGCCCAUGUUCGACAGAAGAAGCCCAAGAAGCAAGGAGAGAUGUGUGCAGAUUCCAUAAACUGGUCUGAAACCGGGAGCAUAUCCAAAAGAGGAUGGCUUGUGCCUUGAACGGCUCACUUCUGUUUGAUUUUCUUAGAGCAUUGUCUACCCACACCUUUCAAGGGUUUUUUUUAUUCAUUCUUUCUGUUUAUUUCAGUUAUAAAGUAAAUUCGAACAGAUUCAAAAAUAGAAUUUCAAGAGGAGAUAAAGAAUAAAGAGCUUGUGGUAACAGACAUCUUUAAUCCCAGCACUAAGAGGCAGAAUCAGGCAGAUUUCUGUCUUUAGGGCCAGCCUGGUCUACAUAGAGAGUUCCAGGCUAGCCAGGGUCACAGAGUGAGACCGUGCCUCAAUAAAGUAAGAUGUUAAGAUAAAAAUCUUCUAUAAAAUACAGAAGUUUAUCUGAAUAUAGCAACCCUAACAAUACUCUUUUUUUUCUGUUAAAAUCCCCAAAUAAGAACCAAAAAAUUACAGGCAUUUAAUAAAAUGUCGCAAUGAGUUUUAAAGCAUUAUAUACAGAAAAUCCUGAACCAAUGAUUUUUUAUACUCUAUCAAGCCUUUUGCUUUGCCAGGGAUAUACCAAUUUAAUACUUUGUGUGAACGAGUAUAUUUCUGUACAUUUCUAUUUUAGAUGAAUAUGUUUUUAUUUUUUUAUUUCUCAUGAGGUAUUUCUACUUAGUGAACUAACACUUUAAAAAUAAUCUCUCGUGGCUGUCUCUAAAUUAAUCUCCAGAAUAAGAUUUUCAAUAACAGCAUGUAAAUAGAAGGAAGUCUUCAUAAUACAAUUUCCCCUCACUUAACACCCAACCUUAGUAUGACUACCCUUUCUGGCUUUGCUUUUAAUAUUGCCUUAGAAGGUAACCUAUGCCGUAGAAGUGGAGUGUAUAUUUUUCAACAGCAAGGAUAGAAAGAAGAAACAGCUAAGCCACAGUGAUAACUCGGCAAAGUUAUCAUUCAGGCAAAGGGAUCUCUCUGUUCUGGGAACAACUGGAGACCAUAUAGGAAACUUGGCUUGAAGCCAAAGGCACACUGUGGGUGCUUAAGUUGUUUCUGGGAUUAUAAGGAAAACCACAACCCUGCGAACUACACUGCCUCUCCUAAGCAAAGAUUAGGUGGCCGAAGGCUCAGAAAGUGGCCAGCGUUGCUAAGUCUCUUGUUAGCUCUUGAACUUAGACUAGCUGCUCCUGAAAAGACAUGUGGGAGAGAACAUCUGUGGUCUUCAUGAAAGGUGCUCCAACGUAUUACUUCAGAAAGUACAGUCAAUGUGUCUGUCUGCUUACAUCUACCAUGAUAAAUGGUAGUAGACCAUUAAAAAAUGUGGGAGACGUGAAAACCAAGAGUGAGGGCAUCGUCCUGGCUGUUCUGUGUGUUCAAAAAACACUGGCUUUCACUCCUAUUUUUGAAUUAUUCAAUUUUUAUUUCUUUAGUGGCUUAAUACCUGCUUGGAGUUUCUUUGGGUUUUUUGUUUCUUUGAAUGUUUGUCUUCUAUUUUGUACGUUGGGAAGGGCGAGACUUGAGAAGGAUAACCUGUCUUUGGGAAUCAGGACCACGUGUGGUGGCAGCAUUCAUGUUGUAAGAUGCGGUAGUCUAAAGCCUCAUGAUACAAAAGGCAAUGAAUGUAUAUGGAUGUUGUCAGGUAACAGAGCUUUGCUUUGAUUCUGUUUCCUUGGGGUCUGCCUUCUUGCAUGAACACAGCCAUGCUCAGAUAAGUAUAAAACCCUCUGAAAACCAUUACCAUGUUCACAUUCUUGAUCAUGUUAACAACAUACUGUCUCUGUACUUCAAUAAAUCUUACUUUGUACUUUACACACUGAAGUAGUUAUUCGGUGUGAAUCUGUCUGAUGAAGUCCUUCUCAGUCACGUUGGUCUCACAGGGGUUACAGCUAGAAAGGAACCCUGCGAACAAGCCUCCAGGUGUUCACUGGGCAUGCCCUUCCUGUGUGACAUUGAGCAACUGAGGCAGAUGUGUCUUCUGUCCCGCAUCAGAAAUCAGAUUGUACCCAAGGCAGAGAGUCCUAGAAGUGACUCUAUUUCAUUGAUUUAGACUUGAACUUACGAAACUUCCAGUCAGAAGAUCUCUGAGGGAGACAAACACAAAUGUGUGUGGUGUAGAUUAGGUACUACAUGAACCAAAGUAGUCUGUUUAUUGUUCUUGCAACUUUCACACUGUCGGAAGAACAUGCUGGAAAGGGUUUCUUUCCCUGCAGGGGUUUGUGUUCAUUCUGAUAAGGGCUCGACAGAGGUGGUUCAAAUAAAGUACACGCGUUUUCAGAAAAUUCUUUUUGGCUAUACAAGUUCGUCCAAUUUUCAGUUUCUUGGCUCUAAAUAUAAAUGGAACUUCAUUGCUACUCAUUAGAAUAGGCCUGGUAUGAUCCUCUCCAGGGGUCACAAGGCUACAUAAAUACUAGACCAAAGAUCAAUAGCUCUAAAAACAGGAGCAAAGUGUCUUUAAUUUUACAUCGAGAGAAGGUCUCACUAUGUAGGUUUAGCCUCAAAUGUCUAGUCCUCUUUCUCAGCCUCCCAAGGGCUGAUACAGAAGGCACCAGCAAACAAGCCUGGCUCAAAGCACUUUUUCUCAAUCCAAAUUUAGACUAGAAAUGGCCAGGGCAGUGUUAGUAAACAAACUUUUGUGAAUCACUUCCAUACUAUCCUCAGGGCAUAAGCUUUCUCCUUUGUACGAAGUCCAGCCAAUAAAAACAUCAACAUUUUGCAUGAAAUUGAUCUAUUAUUUUCCUCUCUUGCCCCUCCCCCAAAAUUAAGACCCAAAUGGAGGUUAUCAAUAUUUUGCAACACUAGUGUGAAAGGAAUUAAGCAGGCAAGAUCAUAACUAGCAACCCUCAAGAUCUCCACAGCAGGCACCUGACUCCUUUAGUAGUGUUUUUGCUUUUCUUCCUCUUCCUCCUCUUCCUCCUCCUCUUCCUCCUCCCCUCCUCCUCCUCCACCUCCUCCUCUUUCUCUUCCUCUUCCUCCUCCUCCACUUCCUCUUCUUCCUCCUCAUUUACAAAGUUGUCUAGGCUGGCUUUGAACUCUCUCUUUUUGUUUUUUGCUUUAAAAGUUACACUUUUCUUCUCUCUUUAUCUUUUGUUUUGUUUUUUAAAAAGAACAGUCCCACUUUGUAGCUCUGACUGUCCUAGAACUCACUAUGUAGGCCAGGCUGGGAUCUGCUACCUCUGCCUCCCAAGUGCUGGGGUUAAAGUUGUAUGCCAUGGUGAUGCCUAGCUUUUAAUUCACCCUUUUUCCUGCAUAGGCUUUGAACUUCUGCCUCCUGCCUUGACUUUCAAAUAGCUGGGAUCUCAGGCCUGUGCUACCAAGCUCUAUACUUUAAGGCUAUGAUAGCUGAAGCCUGUUGCAUGUAGCUUUGUGCUACUGCCUUUGCUCUGGGAAGUGGCCACCCUACCAGCUCCUACUUGGCUUCCCUUGAAUUCUCAGAUAAAAGACACAGACACAGUAGUUCCUUUUCAAUUUGCCUUCUUGGCACAAUUUCAGGGUGCUACUAUCUCCCACCUCGUUAAGUAUGCCCUUAUCAAUACUCUUAGCUGUGUGCCUCUCACUUGCCCCGAACUUCAGUGGCUAGUCCCAUCUAGCCCCUGCCAAACAUCCCUGACCACCACCUAUAUUAGUGGCCACAAGCCCAGCUCCUCCCGAGACCUCAUAUGACUGCUGGAUUCUUCUCCCUCCAAAGCAUGACAAAAACACCUCUCCUUCCUUGGGUCUCUCUUCUCCUCCAGGGACCCAGAAGUCCCUCCUGUACCUUCCACCUAGCAAUACACCCACGGCUUUCUUUACUGACAUCAAGAACCAAUAGGGAACAGGACCUUAGCAUCAAGAACCAUCCCUACAACAGUCAUUCCUCUUGCUUCUCAUAAGAAGACCCUCAAAUGUUCAGAUGGGAAAUAACUCACAAAGUACUAGAUACAAACCCAAUCUUGCCCUCAAGGGCAAGGUACAACUGUAUCCUCAAAGUACACAGGUUCAUCUCUCCUCAUACUGCAUGAGGAAACGCACACCAAAAGCCCUGGAAGGAAAUCAUCCUCGAGGAUUUUCUUCACCAGCACGGUGGCUGGUACAGCACAGGCAUGAGGCAAGAAUAUGCUGACUUGUUGGGUGACGACCGUUUACAGACAUCGUUGGUACAGAAAGUCUCACAUCAGACAUCAGAAGCCUCUUUCCGACGCUUGAGGAAUCUGCCCGGUUUGCACAUCGUGGGAGAUGCUGUUGUAGUAAGAUAUAAAAAAUUUAAAAAGUAUGUUGUCUUUUAUCCCCACUAGGUCCGGCACUGCGGCGCCCCAAGAUGUCUGCUGGAUAUCUUAAUUCUCAGUCAGCAAAGCGUCUCACCCGCUCUGCUCCAUCCCAUACCACACUGCCGAAGGCCUCUCUCUGAGCCGUCAGCAAUCUCUCUACCUAUCUAGUUCCCAAGGCAGGUUUCCAUGCCAGAAACACACAUCCCAACUCCACGGCAGCCCAGAUCAGCCGCUGCACACUCCAUUACACUUAAAUCUACACAUGAGAGAACACACAUACAUACAAUAGCCUUUGGCCCGAUUGAUAAGAUAUAAUUGCCCACCUAAACAUACAAAGCCCAAUACACAUCCAUCCCUUAAAAUCAUCUGUAACAACCUGUAAAGGUACAGUGUGGAAUCUUAACAUCACCCGCCAUAUAUAUUCUCCUGCCACGGCUCCUCUCCCUCUCCUCCUGCCUCUUCCUCCUUUCCGUUCCAGUCUCCUCCUUUCCUUCAAACUUCUCUCCCUCCCAUCCUUCCUUCUCCUCCAAUGACAGGCCUCCUUCUAUCCUGUACCUGCCCCUCACCUGUACUUUUCAAAUUCAAUGCAGAGAAGGUUCUGGUGAAGUCACCUGAGUCCUGAGUCCUGACUAGGCAGCUGUCCUUGGGGCAGUGGAAUUAGCAUCAAAAUAUAGAUAGCUCCAGGGCAAACCACAACAAGACGCCAUUUUUUUCCAACAUCUCUUGCUACUCAUAUGUGAAAUUUUACAUGUAUAAAGAAUGUAAGUCACUAAAUUAUACAUGCGUAAAUACAUACAUGUGUGAUCACUGCUCACAUGAACACAUACUACCCACCCUCUUUUUGUAGCCCAAGCUGAUACUUGAAACCACAAAGAAUGCUGAAACACAUAGUUAUGGUACUGUUUUUCUACAUGUGUCUGUGAUAAAGAUUAUUUUAUAAAUUAGACACAAUGAGAAAUAAUAAAACAGAGCACUCAGAGUGUGUAUAGUAAAACAUAUAUAGUACAUACAUAUAAUAACACAUGCAUAUAGUAUUACACUAUAAUAAAAUUGCGUAAAUGUUAUCUCUUUCUUUAUCUGCCUCGUGGCAAGCCAUGCAGAGGUUGGACAAACAGAUAAUUCAUUUCCCACAUAGUGGGACAACACAAGAUGUCAUAAUGCUGAAACCCAUUCUAUAGCUUAAAAUUUUAAAUUUGUUUAUUUGAGGAUUUUUAUCCAAUAUUUUUAAAGGGUGCUGACUUCAAACAAUUGGGAGCUGGGAAAGUAAAAUUAUAGUGAGAAGAUAUUGCUGUGUAUAAAUAUCUCCAAUACAUAAAUUUCUUCUUUGCAAAGACAUCACAGUUACUAUUGCUGCCAAUAUGUAGUCUUUAGACUUGACUGCUUGUUUUCAAUGUCAUGUCUAUAAAAUCCACUGGCCUUUUGUUACAUACCAAUAGUUCAUUUUUGAGUUAAUGAAUAAAUUUUCUUUGUCUACUUACAAUGGAAUUCAUAAAAUGUACAGAUGGGAAUUUAGUUGUUUCCCACUCAGGAACUAUUAUAAGUAGAUUUGCUUUUCGGUAUGCCUGCUAUAGAUUUCUGCUUGCUAUAUAGCAGGGAAUAGGUAGUAGGGUUUGAGUUGGUUAGUUUAAGUGAAUACCACCAGCAAAUAGUCUUCUAAAGUCAUUGCUUCAAUUUCAGUUUGCACCAGCAACAUCAGAAUUUGAUUAUUCUUCAUCUUUGUAGGUAUUUAGCAUUGUUAACUUUUUUUUAAUUUUGGUAUUCCUGGUAGGAAUUCUAUAUUCCAUAUGCACAUCUGUAUUUGAGUAUAUAUAUUGAAGAGACAGUCAGAAGAAACACGGAAUUUGUUCAAAGGGUUAUAGAAAAGAUAGAAUAGUUAUAGCCAUUGGGAGAAGGAACAUUAAUUAAAGUUCAGACUUGAUUAAAGUCAUCAGGCCAAUAAAACUACAAACUAAAGGGAUAUCCUUUCUGAAGGAAUGAAUGAAUGCUUACAUCUGCAGAAAAAAAUCAUUUUCCUUGCUUGUUCUAGGAGAAGUUCUGAAUGUCAUUGAAUUUUCUCAGAUUUGAUAUCUAUAUAGGUGUCAUUGACUGAAUGUUUAAGACAGACAGGGUCCUUACCAUGUCACAAGGUGGCCCACAGUCCUGCAGCUAGUAUCAGGAGAAGGCUGCACAUAUAAUGGUUAAGAGAAAAGUGGCUUAAUCCAAUUUAAAGCAAACUUGCCUUGCUUCGUGUUAAUACCAAAGCCCUUAGCUCCCUUCCUGGACCAGUUGGCAUAAGGAUCCAGUCAUACAGUUCUACAUAUGACUCUGUGAAGAAAACGAACCAGGAAUUUCUUAACACAAUUUUAGCAAACUCUGUGAAGAAAAGAAACCAGGAAUACCCAGUGGUGAUUACAGCACUUAUGACUUAUAAUGGGUGCAGUUGGGAUACACUAAAGCAGAAAGAUUACAAACAGUAAGAUUCGUCAUCAAAUAAGCAGCCGGAGAGUGCAAGUGAGAGUGAUUCACACAACAGGCCAAACCUGUGACCAAUGGCAGCAUUUCAAGUGCUUCGUGGUGUAGGAUAUAGACUGGUGGUUUCCACCCAGGAACCAGGAAAGCCAGUUGGCCCAAGGUGAGCUUCAUUUUCCUUUACGUUUAGUCAUGGUGCUAAAACCCUAAGCAAGUAUUAGCCAAUGAUUAUCAGCAGCACCCAGGAGAUGUAGAAAAUAAAACGCUGGAAAUGUAAAUCCCAGGAAUAAAGAGAAAUCUUCCACCUUUACUAUAAUCCUUUGGUCUAAUAGCUUUAAUUAAUUUUGUGAACUGUUUAAUGUUUGUCUUACGGGGUUCAUAGCAUUCACGAGUUAUGAUUUUAUAUCAAUUACAUUUGAGAGACUUUUUAUUAGAUUUUGAUAAAUGUUAAAUGUUUGAAAACAUAGAUGGAUUAAGUUUGUAAAAAAUUGUUAUUACCUGUGCCAAUAUGCAAUUAUUUAAGGAAAUGCUGCCUUUUAAAGAAUACCAUUUGUUGACCAAACUAAAAAUGAUUAUUAAUUGAACAGUAAAUCGGGGUUGGGGAUUUGGCUCAGUGGCAGAGCACUUGCCUAGCAAGCGCAAGGCCCUGGGUUCGGUCCCCAGCUCCGAAAAAAAAAAUUGAACAGUAAAUCAAUAGUUACCAUUAAGAGCAUAUUUUCUUUAUGUACUCAAGCUCCUUAAACAUUUUUUUAAAUCUGUGAACUCGCUGCCCUGGGCUUCAUGGCCUUAGCAACACUAAGUUCAUUUCCAGUACUGGUGUCCUAAUUAUGAAUCAUUAAAGGUGUACGGAACACGUCUUGCACAGUACGUUCAGUUGUUGACACAUAGAAACCAUACUUGGGACAUCUAUUCUCUUGGCCAAUACCAUUCAGCUCUUGGGAAACAUUUCUUUCCUAUAUUAUACUACGCGUGGAAAUAAAGCAGAGUAAAGAUGGGAGUGGUGGUUCUGUCAGUAAAGCUUCUGCCACAUAAUACGGGGACCUCAGUUCAGAUCCCCAGCACAAAGAGAAGGCCAGGUACAGGAGCAAGUUCAAAGGGAAGCCCUGUCUCAAAAAAUAGGACGGAGUGAAAAGCACCGAACAAGGACCCAUGGCUUCCACAUGUGUAUGCAAGUAUGCACACACGUAGACAUAGACGUGUGCACACAUGCAUGUGCGCGCGCGCGCGCACACACACGCACACACACACACACCACUUACACCCAUCGUACAUCUGUAUAGAAUUAGUAUAGGUUCUGCUACUGAGUUUGACAAACCCAAUAGCUUCAUGCUUCCAGGGGGACAGUAAAUGUCUUACUCGCUGGUCUAUUGCUGCAGAGACACCGUGACCAAGACAACUUAUAAAAGAAAACCUUUAAUUAGGGGCUUGCCUAAGGGUAAGUGUUGGAGGGUGAGUCUGUGGCCACCACUGUAGGAGCAUGGGAGCAGGCAGACAUGAUAAUGGAGCAGUAGCUGGGAGGUCACCUUUUAUCUGCACAUUGGGGGCAGAGGGAGAGCUAGUGGGAAAACUUUGAGCGUUGGAAACCUCAAAUCCCACUUACGCUAUUUUGUUAACUUGGAUCUUCUCUCUAUGCCUUUUAGUUAUCUGGAUAAGAGUUUGUCAGUCUUUCCUCAAAGAACCAAUUCUUUGUCUCUUUCUUUGUAUUGUUUUAUUUGUUUGUAUUUUUACUGACUUCAGCCCUGAGUUUGGUUCUUUCUUUCGGCCUAUUCCUUUUAGGUGCAAUUUCUUCAUUUUGCUCUAGAGCUUUCAGAUGGUCGUUGUCACUCACAUGAGAUUGCUAGAAUUGUUUUUAUGAACGCACUUAGCGCUAUGAACUUGCGUCUUCGAACAGCCUUCACUGUGUCUCCGUACGUUUGGGUGUGGUGCAUACUCAAUUUCAUUCAAUUCCAGAAAGUUUUCGCAUUCUUAAUUUCUGUCUUGACCCUUUUUUUUUUCACUUAGUAGAGAGUUGUUCACUUUCCAUGAUUUUGUAAGCUUUCUGUCAUGUCUGCUGGUAUUGGUAUCCAGCUUUAAUCCGUUGUAGUCAGAUAAGAUGCGAGGUGUUAUUUCAAUUUUCCUUUGUCUGUCGAGACUCGCUUUGUGUCUGAGUAUGUGGUCAGUUUUGGAGGAAGUUCUGCGAGGUUCUGAGAAGAAGGUGCACUCUUUUGUGUUCGGGUGAAAUGUUCUGUAAAUGCUGUUAGGUCUAUUUGGUUUAUAAUGGUGUCUGUUGGAUAUUGAAGUCUCUCACUAUCAGUGUGUGAGGGUCAAUAUGUGAUUUAAGCUGUUUCCUUUACGAACUUGGGUGACCAUGUUUGGUGGAUACAUGUCAAGAACAGCAACAUCCCCCUUAUUGGAUUUUUCCUUUGAUCAGCAUAUGGUGUCCUUCCCUAUCUCUUAUGAUUAGUCUUGAGUUUGGUCUAUUUUGUCAGAUGUUAAAAUGGCUACGUUGGCUUGCUCCUUAGGUCCAUUUGCUUGAAAUAUCUUUCCAUCCCUUUACCCUUGAUGUUAAGGUGGGUUUCAUGGAUACAGUAGAAAGAUGGAUCCUGUUUUCACAUCCUGCUAUUUUCAGCUUAUGUAACAGUUUCACACACUGUUAUUAUGUGUCUUUUAUUGGGUAAUUGAGACCACUGUUGCUAGGAGAGAUCAAUGAGUAGUGCUUGUUGAUUCCAGGGCUGGGAUUAUUUAUUUCUUGCAUUUUCAGCGUUGUCUUAUAGCACUGGCUGUAAGGCUAGAUUUGUAGAUAAAUGCUGCUUAAAUUUAUUUUUUUCAUAGAAUGUCUUAUUUUCUCCACAUAUUGUGAUUGAAUGUUUUGCUGAGUAUAGAAGUCUGCACUAGCAUCUGUGGGCUCCUAGAGUCUCUAUAAAAUCUUUCCAUGCCCUUCUGGCUUUUAUGGUCUCCAUGAAAAGAUGAGUGUUCUUUCAGUAGGUCUGCCUUUAUAUGUUACUUGGUCUUUUUCCAUUGCAACUUUUAACAUUCUUUCUUGGUUCUCUGUGUUUACUGUUUCAAUUAUUAUUUACCAAGGGGAAUUUAUCUGGCACUGUCUCUUAUUUUGUAUUUGCAUGCCACUUUUUCUUCUUCCUCCUCCUCCUCCACCACCACCACCUCUCCUUCCUCUUCCUCUUCUUCCUCUUCUUUCUCUUCUUUUUCUUCAUCUUCUUCUUCAUCCUUUGGUUUUCCAAGACAGGGAUUGUUUCUCUGUGUUGCCUUGGCUGUCCUGGAACUUGCUCUGAAGACCAGGCUGGCCUUUAACUCACAGAGAUCUGCCUGCUCCUGAAUGCUGGGAUUAGAGGUGUGUGCCACCACCACUUGGCUGUACGCUUCUAUCUUUUUAUUUCCUAUUUUUGUAUUCUUUGGCAAUUGUAUGCAUGUAUACAACGUAUGUUGACCAUACCCACAACCCGCCUCUCUCCUUCCAUCUGUCCCAGCUAUCUCCCAACAUGUCACCCUCCCACCUUCACAUUCCACUGCACCUCAUCCCAACCUACCGCUGACACACUUUUCUCCUGUAACCCCCUAAUUCAACCAGUGCUGCCUGCUAAAACUAUGACUGGUCUAUUUGCAUUGAACUUGUGCUGAUUUUAUGAACAUAGUCACAACCAUAGUGAGUUCAUGAGAAGGUACCUACAUUUUAAGGCGCAUGUGUGAAGCAAAUGGGCAACCAUAACUUCCCCCAUCACUUUGUAUUCUGGUUAAGUUUCUAGUUAACCACCCACCCCGUUCUGUAAAAGCCUGUUACAAGCACCCUGGUUUUUUUACAUCCCUAAGGAUAAUGUCUGCUCUGCCUGAGGCCCUGCUGAGAUCCUGCCUCAGUGUGAGGAGGGUCCUGAGAAAGGCAGGAAUGGGAAUGGGGCUGAAUCAAUAAUGACUCAGAGUCAGUAGCAGAUGUAAGCUGCUCCCUGAUGAUUCUUAGAAUUCUUUAUUCUUCAACUUCAGUUUAAUUGCUUGAUAGCUUGAUUCUUCCGCUUUCUUCCAUUUUUAUUGGUUAUUUUAUUUAUGUACGUUUCAAAUGUUAUCCCCCUUCCCAGUUUCUCCUCCACAAACCCCCAUCCCUUCCUCUCUCCCCCUCUGCCUCUAUGAGGGUGCUUCAUUCUUUAGCUUAAUUCCUUCUUCCUUCUCACCCUUUGGCCUUUUCCCCUCUCAUGCCGUUGCCUUCUUCCCACCAGAGAGCCUAAACCCACUUUGUUAUUUGCUAAAGCUACAACAUGAAGGCUUCGAUCAUUGUUAAUAAUUAUCAAGAAUUCUUAGAUUUACAUAAACUCUAUGAGUCCCGGAUCAACACUCUCAGCACCUGUUUCCUUAGGAACGAACCAAGCACAAAGCAAAAAGUGCCUUUCCUUAUAGGUUUACACAGUCUGCUCUUUAUGGGCAGCUGGCCACACCCCUUCCAGUUUUCUGUACAGCAGACAGCAGUCUUGAGUAACUGCUUCCAUGGAAGAAUAGAACAAUGACAGACUACUAAAGUUAAAAUGAUCCCUUAUAAGGUUUUGAAUUUAUGUAAGUUAAACAGUAAAAACAGCUCUCUCUAAUGUCUUCCCAGGCAUUGUCAUCUUCGAUUCUUCAAUCAGCUAGAAAAACAGAGAACUAACUUUUAUAUGCUUCCACAUCAUCUUCUAACUCUCUACUCUUCAUUCCUUAUCUUAGCAAUUCUAUAGCUUCAUGUACUCUCCUUCUAAUGACCCUAAAGGCCAAGGGGAAGGCCCGCUCCUUGUCUUCCGCAUUCCUCACUCCUGAAAACCACAUCUGUAUCAUGUGUUAUAUCAUGAUUAGCUCUGAGUAGUGGAGAAAGUAUAUUCCAAGAAAGGAAGACUGGAAGUAGAGUAGUAAAGACAGCAGAUCAACUGGAGGGGGGUGGCAAUAGCAACCAUCAGCACAUGUGAGGGUCAUGGGAUCAAGGCCUGGUGAUGCUCUGUUGGGUUGAGGGCCUGCGUCUGUUCUGCCACUUGGAGAGGCAGAAUGCCAGGUGGGUAAUGGGCCAUAGGUAACUGCCAACACACCACUCCAAAGGUAGGAAAGCACAGUCUGAGGUGUGGGAAAGCCAGAUCUGGUUUGGGGGGUCCUGGGGCCAGGGCCAUUGGGUUCUCAGGCUCUUGGACAUCCAGGCACCGCUGGGAGUCACAGAAGAUCAGAGAAUGGAGAUAGAAGCCCUUAAGCUGAGAGCAGCAUAUAGCCCUGGGUUGGGGGAAGAGGGAGUGAACUAUGGCUAGUCCCAGCAGAGAUGAUUGUCCUUAGCUUGAUGACAGUUGUCUUGGUGUUGGUUGUGGCUAAGAGCACAGAGAGGCCUUCUACAGGAGAUUAAGCUAUGGUUCUAUAGGCAAAGGUCCUCAUAGCUCCCCAAGGAGGAUCUUGGUGAAAGAUACAGUCUGUAGUUCCAAACAGUUUGCUGUCGUGGCAGAAAAUGGAUUCAUAAAAGUGGGAUACAUACCCCACUCCACAAGGUGGGCCUGAGAUUAAAUACAUUUCCCAGGGAGGAAUGUCUGGGAAGGGAAAUUUAUUGACUAAGCCCUCCAGGCCUCUAGGUAACUCAUUAGCAUGGUGAACUCUGCCUUGAGCUUACGUGACCACGGGUCAUGUCUCUUUUAUGUGAGAAGCAUGGCACAUGUUCCGAGUCAGGAGUUGCUUCAGGUGUAUGGCCACUGAGUCUCCAAGCGUCUGGGUCUCGACCUGCUCUACCUUAACAACCUUCCUGGUGUGGCUUUAUAUCCCCCAAUGCUUCAGGGGACAGGAACUGUGUCACACCACCGCUCACCCAGCCAUGCAAAGCCCAGCAUGGCCUACCCGGAAUACAGCAUGGCAUUUACUUCUCAAGACGAAGAAGCUCUCCAAUCACAGGGCUUCAUUUGUGGAGCAGGUAAGUAGACAACUCAUUCUUCCCAGCAUACUGAUCUAGCUACUCUUCCUCCUCAUCUUCUUCCUCUUCUCGCUCCCUUCCUCCUCCUCUUAUUUCUAUCCUGUCCUUUUUCAUUGCUAGAAAUAAGUGUAUUUUUUUAAGCUAAGUUAAAUGCCCUCGCUCUUGUGCCUUUCUUGGACUUUUAACCCCUUCACAUAUGCCCCCAAUUCUCUUUUUAAUGUGAAUUUUGGAUAGGGAACUGUGUGGUGUAGGUAUAGUAGAAACACUGCCUGACACAGGGUGUGCACACUCAGAAACCUGCUCAGCAUACCGGGAAGAAUGCUUUCUGCUUCUUUCGUUUUGAUAGGUAUCUCCUUCUAUGUGCUAGAGAAGUUUUCUUCUAUGGUUUAAUGAAAAUAUUUUCUGUGCCUUUGACCCAGGCACAGAAAGAAGGCCCCUCCUUCUCCUAUUCCUGUUAUUCUUAGAUUUGACCUUUUCCCGGUGUCCCAGAUUUCCUUUAUAUUUGUACCAGGAUACUUUUUAAGAUUUUUUUUUUUUUUUGGAGCUGGGGACCGAACCCAGGGCCUUGCGCUUGCUAGGCAAGCGCUCUACCAAAUCCCCAACCCCACUUUUUAAGAUUUAACAUGUUCUUUGGCUGGUGUAGCCAUUUCUUUCUAUUUGGUACUCAAUGCCUAAGACUCUCUUUUCCAUCUCUUGUGUGCUAUUGGUGAAGCUCGCCUCUGAAGCUUCUGCUCAAGAUCCUAAGUUGUUCAUUCUCAAAUUUUCCUCCAUUUGGGUUUUCUUUAUUGACUCUAUUUUCACUUUCAGGCCUUGAACUGUUUUAUUUAUUUCCUUCCAUGGUUUGUUUUUAUAGAUUUCUUUAAGGGAUUUAUUCAUUUCCUCUGGAAGGACUUCUAUCAUAAUUGUAACAGCUAUUUUAAGGCCUUUUAUCACGUAUCAGUUAUUUUGCAAUACUCAGGGUCUACUGCAGUAGGGUUGCUGGGCUUUAGUGGAGAUACAUUGGCUGUUAUUGAUACUGCUUUUAUGAUGGUUUUGAGGCAUCUGGAAUUUGGAAAAUUGUAAUUCUAGCCGCCAGUACCUUGUCUUGUUUUUGCUAAGUGGCUAUUUUGUUCCUUGGUUUUGUUUCCCUUCUCUUGUUCUUAGGAGAGAGUGGAGUCUGCGGAUUGCUUGGUAGGAUAUUCUUAGAUCCUGAUAGGUGUGGCCAGUGGGAAUUCCAGGUAAAAUGUGUUCUAGGUAUUGGGAGUUGACACUUAGGAAUAGGGAUAUUCUAGGGAAGAGUGAAAGGAUCCACGGGAGGGAGGAAAGCAGGCUGUUUCUUGUAGAUCUACUUAGUGUUCUGGGAAUUGUGGGCAGUGAGUAAGAAGAAGUCUUAGUAGGUAGUCUAUUCCAGAGUCAAGGAUGAGACUAGGUUGUUGGUCUUGGAGAAUGGAGAGAGAAGUAAAGAUCUGCACUUGGCCUGCUUGCCUCUCUGACUGGAGCAACCUUGGGUUCCCAGGAAGUACUUGCUGGAGUCGGGGGCCAGGAUAAAGCAGUGAGACGGGUGAGUGCAGCAGGUGUCCUGUUGUAGAGCUAGAGGUGAGACAGGGGGUUGGAUGCGGAGGGCUUCUCUGGCAAAUGAUAACCUGCCAACUUUCAAGUCACAUAAAAAAAGCGUGGUUUAUAUUGUUUUAAGUUUUGGUCAUGAGAAUGCAUUCGCCAGGUUUUGCAGAAUAAGACAUCUGACUUAAUAGCGUGUCUGGUUUCCGGCACUCAUCCAUAUGAAGCACGAACCUCGUAAGCCUGCUCCACUUAUAUCACUUCUCGUCGACAAGUCUGCUCUUCAGACCAAGAAUCACCUCAAGAGAUUCUCCAUGUCAAUGCUCACUCCCCUCCACCCCAACACAUGCCCUAGAGGAAGUGAAAUGAGACUCCUCUCAUCCUCUUACAUUGCUCAAGUGCCUUGAUAGCAUUAAAAAAAAAAAAAAUGAAACCAGGUUCUGCCAGACAUCUCUCUCUACACCUGGCAGCAGGAGGAGAGCCAGGCAGGCCUUUGAUCCUAACACCUACUCAUUCCAUUUCUGUGAAGGUAAGGAACUUUUACUGCAAAAAUUCACAGGCACUAUGGUGCUCCCUCCACCAAGCUAACUGGGGGGAAUCCCAAUGUGCAUGUGACAUAGCAGGACACAGGUGUCCCACUUCCUGCUGGGGUUGGUCCAGCUGCUGGAAGUCAUCCGCUUUACACACCCCCACAGAGAGACAGCUGACGAGAGAGCUCUUGGGGGAGCCUAGAAUUCUAGAUCCAUGGAAGAAAUUGGCAGCGCUGUCCCUGGAUCUGUGAACACGUGUACUCACACAUGUAGACGACUAGCUGCUUUUGAAAAAUUAAUGAAAGCUGAGACUCAUCCAAGUGGCCCAUCAUGGGAGCAAGAAGGGCGUAGAAAAACUAGGAAAUUCCAUUUUUCUAAGAUUCGGCAUGGCAAGGGGAGUGGUGUUCUCAUGAGGCCAGUGGUAUGAUUGGGUCCCAGUUGUCUUGAAGGAAAACAGCAUCAGGGCUGAUGGAACUAGAGAACUCCAGACAGAGCCAUCUCUUAAAGACUGGCACAAGCUUGUGCAAGGUCUCCUGGCCCUCAGUAUUGCUUAUGUUUUCUUUUGUCUCACCCUGUCUUCCUCCUCGAAACCUCAUUGUCCAGGACCCUUAUUUCUACAGAUUUAGGUCAGUUAGGGAUAUAACUCAAUUUACCUAACUAGCUUACCUAACAUUCAUGACUUUCACCUUGUUUCAAUUCUUAGCAUCCCAUGAAUCUGCCCGUGUGUAUAAUUUCGGUGCUUGGAAUGUGGAAGCAGGAAGGUCAUGAGUUCAAACUCAUCUUUGGCCACAGUUUGAAAACAACUUGGGCUACAUGAGACCCGUCUCAAGAAAAGGUACCACCAUAAUAAAGUUUUGCUAAUACCUAAGGAAUUUCCUGAGCCUGCAUAACCAGACACAUUUUCUUAGAAAGCCCCUAUACAUUUCUCCCAAGGCUUUGGUUUUUGGGGUGUCUGGAUGUGGAGGGGAAGGGGGAAGAAAUGCAGAAGAGGUGAAAAGGACCUGCGUGAGAAACUACAUCCUUUUGCAUUGGGCUACUAUGUUAUGUUUCUCAGAAUUUAACAAACUUGAAAAAAAAAGAGGUGCUUUCUCAAGGCAGUGUUAAAAGAAGAAGUAAAAAUAUUUAUAAGGAAAGGUGAAGUUUUUGAACAUAGAAAAAUUCAAGUAAAAAUGAGAUAGUGUUUUGUUUUGAAAAACUCAGCAAAACCUGAAAGCUUUGCUAAUCAGAUGUGUUUCCAUGUGUGACACUGUAGGAAAUUAGGCACACAUACCACUGCACAGAAUGAGAAAUUCGACAGUAGGACAUCCCCCAAAGUCAAGCUAGGUGUAGUCAACAACAAAAUCAUAGGAUAUAAAGACUGGAGAGAUGGCUCAGUGGUUACCUAUGUACUGUUCUUACAAAGAACCUGAGUUUGGUUCCCAGCAUCCAUGUCAGGUGUCUCCCAACUGGACACCACUGGCCUUGGUAGACGUGUGCACUCAUGACUAUACUACACACACACACACACACACACACACAUACACACACACACAUUCAUAAAUAAAUUACAAGAUACAAAUGUUUGCUAAUUAUGUGUAAGAUCUAUAACAUAUAGCAUGCAAUGCAUUAUAUGUAAUGUAUAAAUAAUACACAUAUAAAGGAGGACUUAAACCAGCUAUGAAUUGGAAGCUACCGAAAAAUGUAAUGAUAUAAAGCCCUGAGAACCACAGUACAGUGGCUGCCAUGUACUGCACGGGAAUUAGAAUAUACUGAUGUGAGGUAUUAUUGAUUAUUCUCCCCAUAUGUCAGCUCAUCCUUUUCAGGGAUGAGGUAGACUGCCUGAGGUACUUUUUAGCCUUCUUUGCAGCUAGGCAAACUUACACACUUCAGCUCUCACCAAACAGAGUGAGUGGAAUCGGUCCAUCUACCUGCCAGUUCGUCCUCUGAACAAGUUGCUUUUGAAUCACUACUGAUUUUUUUAUUUUCUGUUUCUAAAGCCAUGGGGCUGUCUGGUCAAGAUGUCUUCACUCAUGGGUCCUGAAUGAUUUCAGGGAAUAGGAUCCACUGACUAGUUCUGUGCUGGUAAAAAAUAAAUAUCUGUCAGACUUAAGCCAGAGUCCUUGUAUCCCCUUGACAGCUCACUAUUUACCCUAAGUGAUACAGAAAGGGAGUGUGGCACCAGUGUAACCAAAGCCUAGAGCAGUGUCUCCCAGCCUUCCUAAUGCUGUGACCCUUUGAUUGAUACAGUGCCUCACGCUGUGGUAACCCCCAACCACAAAACCAUCUUUGUUGCUACUUCAUAACCUGUGAUUUUGCUACUGUUAUAAGUCAUAAUGUAAAUAUCUGUGUUUUCCAGUAGUUUUAGGAAAGCCCUGUGGAAGGGUCAUGUGACCCCCAAGGGGUCACACCCCACAGGUUGUGAACUGCUGCUCUAGCGUGUGGCCUUGGUACUGUGAGGACGAUAGGAACAGAAUCUUUUUUUUCCAUCUUUAUUAACUCGGCUAUUUCUUACUUACAUUUCAAUUGUUAUUCCCUUUCCCAGUUUCCAGGCCAACAUCCCCCUAACCUCUCCCGCUCCCUUUCUGUAUGGGUGUUCCCCUUCCCAUCCUCCCCCCAUUACCGCCCUCCCCGCAAGAAUCACGUUCACUCGGGGUUCACUCUUGGCAGGACCAAGGGCUUCCCCUUCCACCGGUGCCCUUACUAGGCUAUUCAUUGCUACCUAUGCUGUUGGAGCCCAGGGUCAGUCCAUGUAUAGUCUUUGGGUAGUGGCUUAGUCCCUAGAAGCUCUGGUUGCUUGACAUUGUUGUUCAUAUGGGGUCUCAAGCACCUUCAAGCUCUUUUAGUCCUUUCUCUGAAUCCUUCAAUGGGGGUCCCGUUCUCAGUUCCGUGGUUUGCUCCUGGCAUUCGCCUAUGUAUUUGCUGUAUUCUGGCUGUGUCUCUCAGAAGAGAUCUACAUCCGGUUCCUGUCAGCCUGCACUUCUUUGCUUCAUCCAUUUUCUAGUUUGGUGGCUGUAUAUGUAUGGGCCACAUGUGGGGCAGAAUCUGAAUGGGUGUUCCUUCUGCCUCUCUUCUAAACUUUGCCUCCCUAUUCCCUCCCAAGGGUAUUCUUGUUCCCCUUUUAAAGAAAGAGUGAAGCAUUCCCAUUUUGGUCAUCCUUCUUGAGUUUCAUGUGUUCUGUGCAUCUAGGGUAAUUCAAGCAUUUGGGCUAAUAUCCACUUAUCAAUGAGUGCAUACCAUGUGUGUUUUUCUGUGAUUGGGUUACCUCACUCAGGAUGAUAUUUUCCAAUUCCAUCCAUUUGGAAGAGAAUCUUAAUGAAGGAUUGUUUCAAUCAGGUUGGCCUGUGGACUUCAGAAGAGACAGGGUUCCUUGGUUAUGUUAAUUGAUGUUGAAGGACCUAGGCUAAAAUCAUGCUGCCAUUCCUUGGCUUUAGGUUCUGGGAAGCAUAAAAAGAAGAAGUGAAUUGAGUGCAAGCGUAUGAGCAUUCAUUCUCUCUCCGCCCUUGACUGGGUGGACCAGCUGCUUCCAGUUCCUGCUGUCUUGACUCCCUCAAAAUGGUGGACAACCUGGACUUGUCUGAAAUAAGCCUUAACUUUCCUUGUUCCUUAAUUUGCUUGUUUUAUCAAGUAGUGGGAAAUGAAAGAAGGACGAUGGGAAAUUGAUGAUGGUGGAGACCCAGGCAUUUCACACUAAAGAUCCGAUGCCCUGCUGUCACAUUUGGUCAAAGCAUCACCUGCAGUCAGUGAGAACACGUAGGCCCCCUUCCGUUCCUCGGUGGAAGCCAUUGGAAGUCAGGAGAAAGUUGAAAUGCAACAGCUGUCUUGCUAUUUUGUAGAAAUGUUUCCUUUAAAGAAGGAAGGCAAGACAUGGCAAGCCUGCAAGUGGGGCUGAACAAAACUAGAAACCCAGAAGGAUGGGGCAGGCACGACUUGACAGAAUAGCUGAUAACACCACCCAAGUGGAGGGAGAGAAAACUGUUGCACACAGGCUCUUCAGGGGCCUGUCAAGACUCCUCCGCUGUCGUGAGCAACCCUUGGGCAAGGAGACCUGUUUUCCUACACAACCUCAUAUUUUUUCAGGUGAUCUUAAGGCAACUGCUACUCAAAGAAGAAAAGAAAUCUGUCAAAAGACAAGCAUGCCAUGUCCGACUAAAGGGCUGGGUAUAGAAAAGAGCUGUGAGGGUCUUCAUUGGCACAGAGAGCUGACAGGCAGUAUAGCCACACUGACAGGAAACAGGGUUGCUACAAAAUGCCUCAUCUUCCAAACACUGUUGCUUUCCCAAGAUUCAAUUAAAACUGUUUAGAUUUACCAAAACAGCUCAUAAGAUGACAUGGGUGGGAGGUAGCUGGGGAGGAGGAGAGGAGAGGAUUUUUUUUCUUACUUCCUGGGUUUUAGGAAUCUGUCUCCAUAAACUGCCUGCUAUUACACAGGGAUUGCUCCUACAUAGAGAAGUUUAAGGGUGAGACACCAGGCUAACGGUAGACUAUAACAUGGCGGCAGAAUAUCUUCUUUCUCAGAGACAAGGCUGACCACCUGACCAGAGGGUUUCCAAUUACACCCGGAAGUGAUUUGCUCCCAUUUUUCCUUCCCUGUAAAGUCUGAUAGCAGACAUGGCGUGUGAAGUAGAUCUCUAGGGUGCCGACGGGCUGCCUUCUCAGUGGGUCUGAAUUAAGUACAGCUGAAAGAUUCAAAUCCAGGAAGUCUGCCCAUUAGCUUUUGUAGUGACAGGCAGCAAAACUCUGGUGUUCUAGUUAAGGGAGCAAGUGGACUUGAUCUCAGUAAAGUUUGAAUUCUUUUGUAAGAAACAGUGUUACCUGUUGAAACACAAAGGGAGGCAAAGGAAACAUUUAAGAAGCCCACAGUCCUGGCCACACGGAAGUAUGAUAGGCUACGAGAGCCAAACCAAAUAGAGAUGUGUUCAUGCCCCUGGGGGCAAAGCACUGCCUUCCAAAGCAUGCCAACAUGCCAUGUGUUUACUCGUCGCUAUGACGGUUGGCUGAUGGAAUACUAAGACCGCUCAGCCUCCAGGAGAGGAAGUCCAGGUUCCCGAGUCAAUGCUGCUGCGAUCCUUUCCUCAUUUCAGUCCCAGAAUGGCUGACGAACAGAACUUCAAGAGGACACGCUGGCUUUCCCUUCGUGGUGGGGCAGUUAUAGACACAGGAGUGGAGACACUGACAAUCAGGAGGCUCUCUCCCUUCUAGUCCGCGUCAGGACCUCAGCCUCCGUAAUGGUAUUCUCUCACCUCAGUUAAUCCCGUCUGGAAACUCCCUCAUGACUUGCCCAGAGCUUCGUCUCUGGGUAACUGAAGGUUCUAACAAGCUGACAAUAUUAACCCUCAGAGCUACAGGGGACUCAAUCCCUACCAUAGAGGUUUCAGCCCUGUUUUUCAGUGCUUCCCCAAAGGACAGAAGAGUUGUCAGGAACUGUAGAAGAUGCGGUCUUUAAUCUACUUAGAAGCGACCGAGCUUGUCAGCACUUAGUAAAUGCUGGCAGGAGACAGCAUCCUGAGUCAGACAAAGGUCUUUUGACAGCAUCGGAGAACACCGUCAUGGAACGGUUCAAUGUCUAGUGCAUCUAGGUCGGGACCCAACCAUCAUGUGCUAAUUACCUUUAACAUGUUAUCCUGAGUGACAGCCAGGAGCAAAAGCACAAAGCACCAGAGGUAUUUUUAUAUGAGUUGGAGAUCUUGAUCCCACUGUGAAGUUCUAGAAACACAGAUUCAGAGAAGCGAAGUAGGACUGUCAACCUCACAAGUUUAUUCUGCUGGCAGAACAAAUCCUAAUGCCUCUUCUAUUCUCUAGAACAAUGGGCUUCUUCCAAAAUGGUGUUACCGGAAGAUCACCAAGCUUUACAGCCACACUCUGGCCAAUGCACCACACUGUCAAAGGAGGCAAGAGAGGUCGCCACACUUGGCCAACGCCUCUUUAAGGAGCUGUUGCCUAGAGCAAAGACUGAAGGAAUAGCCAACCGAUAGCUGGCCCAACCUGAAACCCAUCCCAUGGCCAAGAACCAAUCCCUGACAUUAUUAAUGAUAUUUUGUGAAUGCUUGCAAACAGGAGCCUAGCAUAAAUGUCCUCUGAGAGUCUCUACCCAGCAACUGACUGAAACAGACACAGCAGUUCCCCACAGCCAAACAUCGGAAGGAGGUCAGAGACUUUUAUGGAACAGUUGUGAAAAGGAUUGAAGUCCCUGAAGGAGACGGGAACCCCACAAGAAGACCAACAGAGUCAACUAAUCUAGACCCCUGGGAGCUCUAAGAGACUGAGCCACCAACCGAAGAACAUACACAGGCUGAAACAAGGACCCAGCAUGUAUAGAGCAGACGUUAAGCUCUAUCUCCAUGGGAGCCCCACAGCAACUGGACAGAGGCUCUCCCUAAAGCUGUAGUCUGACUGUGGUAUCGGUUCACCAACAGGGCCCUUGUCUGGCCUCAGUGGGAGAGGAUGUGCCUAAUUUGGUGGAGACUUGAUGCACCAGGGUUGGGGGAGAGGGGGGAAGGAGCACCCUCUCUGGGGAGAAGGGGAAGGGAAAUGGGGGAGGGUCUUUGUGAGGGGGAACCAGAAGGGGGCAGCGUUUGGGAUGUAAAUACAGAGAGAGAGAGAGAGAGAGAGAGAGAGAGAGAGAGAACAAAAUAAAGAAAGGAAGGAAGGAAGGAGGGAAGGAAGGAAGGAAGGAGGGAAGGAAGGAAGAAGCUGUUGUCAUAUAUUCUAAGCUUUCCGUUUAGUACUUUUAUGGGGCUUCUGACCGUGUGAACGAGUGGGGAAAAUUCAUAUGCUGCAAUUCUAACUUUCAAGGUGACAAUACUAGGAAGUGGAACUAUGUGUUGCUAUGGUAAUCCUACCUGACAGAGACAGAAGAGGAAAGGCUAAUUUGGGCCAUGGUUUCAGAAGUUCAUAAUUUCUAGUCCCCAGGCACUUGAGCAGAAAAUUAUGCAACGAGAUUGGUGAGAUACAACCACCCAUAUCAUGGCUGACCAGGCAGCAGGGAAAAAGUGUGAUCGGAACGAGAGAUUGGUUAUCAUCUUCGAAAGGCCCACCUCCAGUGAGUUACUUCUGCCACUCAGGGUCCGCACCCUAAAGGUGUUUUCCGUUCUAUCAAAAUAGAACCACUAGCUGGGAGAUAAUCAAAUCAGAGGACAGUGGCAGGACACUAAAAUUCAGACUUAGCCAGGAUGUGACAGAUACCUUUGGAGACAGGGAAGGGGCUUCCAUAAAUGGAAUUAAUACUCUUACUAAAGAGGCACAAAGGGGACUUUCAUCUUUCUACCCUCUGAGAACCACACAGCGAGAAAGUGCUAACCAGGAAUCAGGACGCUCUCGGCAGAUUCAAAACCUGCCCAGUCCCAUGGGGGGAGGGGAGGGUAGUUUAGAAGCCACUAAACUUGUGGUAUCUUAUUAUGAAGUCUAAGCUAACACACGUGUUUUUACUAGACCAAACCAGUAUUAUCUUGAAUAUUUCUCUCUCCGUUUCAUAAGGAAUUACAAAGCCAUUUCCAUCUCUCAGAUACACUCUAAAAAGUGGUAUUCCGAGAGUUUUCACAUUAAGGCUUGCAUGUCCAAUCUAGGUAGACCAUCACUUCUGUUAGGGGCCACACCCUUUAUGUAACAGUGUCUUCUAAGAACACUAUGUAUUCUGACGUGGCACUUCUCUAAAGCUACUGGAGCACGCACAGGGAAAAUGGCGGUGAACUCUUCCUGGGAUAUCUGUAGCACGCCUUGCUAAAAGGAAGCCAAAUAUUUUUUUUUGGUGCAGUCUUCAAUACACAAAGUAUUUUAGUUGUUUUCCUCCUCCCUGUUUUCUCCGGCUGAACUCUAGUUCCUUCCGAUUUAAAUGUGUCUUUGUAUCUAUCUUCAACAAAAGGCAAGGUCGAGAGGCAAUACUUUUGUAUCCAGAUGGUUAAAGCAUGGUUCCUUGGUCAAGGUGUCUUGAGCAACUAUUCCUUUCCUAGAGUCUCAGCCACACUUGCAAAUAAAUGUUUUGUUGCGGGUCCAGCUCCUUGGAGCCUCAUGGGUUUUGGGGGGUUUUUGUUUGUUUGGUUGAUUGGUUUUCUUUUUCUUUUUUUUCUUUUUUCUUUUAUUGGAUAUUUUUUAUUUACAAUUCAAAUGUUAUUCCCUUUCCUGGUUUCCCCAACCUACGCCUCCUAUCCCCUCCCCCUCUCCUUCUUCUAUAAGGGUGUUCCCCUCCCUAUCUCCCCCAACAUUCCCCUACAUUGGGGGGCCCAGCCUUGUGGUUUUUAACUUAAGCUGUAGAACAAGCCUGCUCACUAUGACUUUGUCAGGAGAUGGAUAUGUUAACAUCUUAGUGUUGGUUCUCAUUUCUUAAAAGAAAGAACCAUCAUGCUGACAGUGUCUACUUGCCCGGGUGUGUGUGUGUGUGUGUGUGUGUGUGUGUGUGUGUGUGUGUGUGUGUUUUGCUCUGCUUUUGCUUUUGUUUUUUUCUGCUAAGAAACUUUCUGAUAUCUGGAGGUAAGUAUGCCUAUAAACUACAAAUCUGGACCCUGAAUUUUUACUGAGCCAAUGCUGUAAAUGCACCCCAGCUGUUAACUGUGCAGGGUACAAAGAGAGGGAUCUCAAAUGGCUCAAGUGACCUAUAAAUAUUAGUCAUGCAAGAAGGAGUGAUUUUUCUAUGACAUCAUGACGCUAAAUAUACUCUCUUUAUUAGCUUCUAGUACCUCAUUUCUCUUUAUUUAGUUUUUAGCCAGUCACACAGCAGGAUGGAGGUGUGCAUGUUAGUGUUGGUAGAUGAAGGCUCACUAAUAAUAAUAUUAGGAUUUAUAUAAGACUAUAAAGUGAGUUUGAAAAUAUUUAACUAAAAAACUACUAUUACACAUCAUUUUUACAAGGAAAUAGUUUAACUUGUUUAACUGCAAACACAUCUAUAAACAACAACUUGAAAUCUUGCCCAAUGGAAAACUAGAAACACAACCACAGCUAUCCCUACACAUUAAGACGUAGGUGCCCCCAAAUGGACAUCCAAGUGGCUUUAAAUAGUGAUAACCUGAGGAAAAUCACCUUGGUUUAACAUAGUUGUGCACCAUCGUGAUUCUUAAGGCUUUAGAUGUUGCUGCUAGUGCAAACUGUAAAUCUCUUGUCACCAAUCCCUCCAGCUCAGACCCACUUCUCCAACAAAAGCAAUUAUAAGUAUAGUCACAUGAUUUACAAGGUGUGUUGUCAGAUGAUGUGAACAUCUAUUCAUAAUACAGCGUGGCACUCCCAUGUCUAGCCACACUAGGAGACAGUCUCUGCCCAGACCAUCUUGUCUGGGGGAGCAGGCAUGCUUGGGAAAUGGGUGCUCUCUCCAAGAACACUGCUGGGCUAGUGUUAUAUCAAGAAGUAAGUCCCUUUGGAGAAACUAAUGGCUGCCAGUUGGAAGUUGGUUGUUGUUUUUGCUACAGUAGUUCAUUAUUAGUUGCAGGUUUUCAGCCACAGUGGGCUGUUUGAAGAAAACGGAUGGCAUUUAACUUUAGAAACUGAGCAAAUGAUGUUAGUCCUUCUAACAUCACUAAUGUCUGCCAUCAGAAGCAGUGUCGUCAUCAUGGAGAAGUGUUUGGUGAUUUAUGCUCUGGGAUCUAUGCUUUAGUAAAGAAGUGUCUGUGUAUACUCGUGAGUAUGCAGUGUGCCCAUUGGUCUCAUCCCAAGCGAUUUCAGAGGUGUUUACAUUUUCUGCUGUUUGAGUUUAAGGGAUGAAGUCUUUGGUCCAUGAGGAAACAUCUGCCUUCAAAGGAUCAACAACAGCCUUCAAAGCUGGAAGGAAAGGAAGCCAAGCCCUAGUGAAUGUUCUAUGCAGCUCAUAGCCCGGAGCUUCUCAGUCAUUCUCAGACACUCUUCUGCUCAACCCCCAGGGCACGAUGGUCGAAUCCCUGUCCUCCCGGUCUAGGAAAUACCAAUACCAUUGUAGUCAUUUCUUUUUUUAAUAUCCAGUUUCUCCUUUACAGUCAUUGUUGUGUUGUGGAAUAAAAUUCAGGAAAAACUCCA